AUGUCUACGCCCGCACCCUUUGACUUCAAUUACUUCCCUGCGUGGCCUGGUCUUGCUCUUAAUAAUGGCCGCUACACAGUCCUGAGGAAGCUCGGAUCUGGUGUCUACUCCUCAGUCUGGUUGGUGUCCAAAAACACCGACGAACCAGGGUUCAAGUACAUGGCCGCCAAGAUUCUCACCGUGGAUGGCACGCGAAGACACAAGGCCGGCCAGAUGCGCGAGCUGGAGUUCCUAGAAACUGUUACCGCGCGCGAAGAAGUUGACUGUCUCCCGCUCCUCCGGGAUCACUUUGAGGAGCAGGGCGUGCAAGGCCCGCACCUGUGCAUUGUCAUGAACCUGCUCGGGUCAGACAUCUCCUCGUUCCGCCGCAGCCAUCCCAAGCAGGCCCUGCCUAUACACAUUGUGCGGAACGUCAUAAGCAUGGUCGUCGAGGCGCUGUCGUACCUACACGACAGCGGCAUUGUGCACACAGAUGUGAAACCUGACAACAUCCUCUUCACCGUCGGCGCGGACACAGAGAAGGUAGAGAAGUAUCUCGCCGAGCCGCCAGCGAUCGAAGGGGAGUUUGAGGUGAACGGGGAGCGCCAUCCGCUGCUCCGCGCGCAACCUAUCCCGACCGACUUCUCGCCCGAGAUGAACGCGUUCGACGCCGAGCUGAUGCGCUGCGUGCUUGCAGACCUCGGGCAGGGGCAGUGGGCGGGCAAGCAGCCGACGACAGACGAGUUCAGCGCCUACCCGCUCCGUGCGCCCGAGGUCAUCCUGCGCUCGGACUUUGGGCCCAUGCUCGACAUCUGGGCUGUCGGCUGUAUUACGUUUGAGUUGCUCGCGGGCCGGUGGCUCUUCCACCCGGAAGCAACCGAGCAUUGGCGUCUCGAGGAAGACCACCUCGCGAAAAUGCUUGAGUUCACAAGCGAGUGGUUCGGCACCGCCAUGCUCGACCACGCUGCGCUGCGCGACGAAUACCUCGACGGUGUUGGGAGCGUACGCGCGAUCCCCGACCUGUCUCCCGUCAGCAUCGAAGAAGCGCUGGCGAACUACAACAUCCUGCCCGAGAACGAGAUCGCGCCUGCCGCGGCGUUUAUCCGCGAGUGCCUGCAUCUCGACUACAGAGACAGGCCAUCGGCGUCGGAGCUGCUGGACCAUCCGUGGCUGAGAGACGCGUUCCAUUGUUGA